CGCCGAGCCAUGUUAUAGGAAAUCCGCUUGCGGCGGAUUAUUGUAAUCCGACAGCGGGUCUGGACGACACAUCGGAUCACGAUAAAAAGCCAAAGCGCAGCGGCCUGUGACAGAUGCAGCUGCUCUGACAAUCAAAGGAUCACGUCGGGAUAUGAUCUGAGGCGCGGCGCCGUGUUCCUGCAGCCAGAGGUCGGUGCUGCCCCGGGCCGCUUCAUCCGACGCGCACACACGGUGACAGCGGCGCGGCAUUUCUGCACCGCGGCGCCGAGAAACGGCUUCAAUUAGCUGGACAGAAACGCUGCCUCUGCCGGCCCCUUCCUCCCAUCCUCCCCGGGGUGAGUCCAGCUGAGUGCGGCUGUCCUCCCCGCCGCUCCGAGCCGCUCCGCUGCUAGCGCGGCUAGCCCAGCCCAGCUAGCCUGCUAGCUGCUGAGGAAUCUGUCCAGUUCGGAUCAUCGGGUUCGGCUCCGCGUCCCGCAGGCAGCCAGCAGAGAGGAUGUCGGCCAAAGAGCAAAACAAACUCUCUACUGUGGACCGGCCCAUCAAAGCGGUGCCGUAUCCCCCCGGUACGCGCCUGUCGGUCAAAGACCUGUAUGCAGAUGGGAAGCCCAGCCUGGAACUGCUGAAGGCCCAUCUGGUGAAGGAGGGUCGGCUGGAGGAGGAGGCGGCCCUGCGGAUCAUUAACGAGGGCGCCAGCAUCCUGCGUAAGGAGAAAUGCAUGCUGGAGGUGGAAGCUCCCAUCACAGUGUGCGGGGACGUCCACGGCCAGUUCUUUGACCUGAUGAAGCUGUUUGAGGUGGGUGGCUCACCCAGCAACACCCGCUACCUGUUCCUCGGGGACUAUGUGGACCGAGGCUACUUCAGCAUCGAGUGUGUGCUGUACUUGUGGGCUUUGAAGAUCAACCACCCCGACACGCUGUUUCUCCUCAGAGGGAACCACGAGUGCAGACAUCUCACAGAGUAUUUCACAUUUAAGCAGGAGUGUAAGAUAAAGUACUCUGAGGAAGUGUAUGAUGCCUGUAUGGAGGCGUUUGACUGUCUGCCCCUGGCGGCGCUUCUGAAUCAGCAGUUCCUCUGUGUACACGGAGGUUUGAGCCCUGAAGUCACCUGCCUGGAUGACAUACGCAAGCUUGACCGCUUUAAGGAACCACCAGCGUUUGGGCCCAUGUGCGACCUGCUCUGGUCGGACCCGGGGGAGGACUACGGCUCAGAGAAGACCCAGGAGCACUUCUGUCACAACAGUGUGCGGGGCUGCUCUUAUUUCUACAGCUACCCUGCCGUCUGCGACUUCCUGAUGAACAACAACCUGCUGUCUGUAAUACGCGCUCAUGAGGCCCAGGAUGCAGGCUACCGAAUGUACAGGAAGAGUCAGACGACAGGCUUCCCAUCUCUGAUCACCAUCUUCUCUGCUCCCAACUACCUAGAUGUGUACAAUAAUAAAGCUGCGGUGCUGAAAUAUGAGAACAAUGUGAUGAACAUCCGUCAGUUCAACUGCUCUCCUCACCCCUACUGGCUGCCAAACUUCAUGGACGUCUUCACCUGGUCCCUGCCCUUCGUCGGGGAGAAAGAGGAGUCCGUUGACUGGUUGGUAAAUGUGUGUUUUUGGUCCAGUGGGAAAGCUGCAGUCAUACGGUUUGUCUCACUUUGUUCAGGUGGAGCUCCUGCUGCCAGAAAGGAGGUGAUCAGAAACAAGAUCCGGGCCAUUGGGAAGAUGGCGCGCGUCUUCUCUGUGCUCAGGGAGGAGAAUGAGAGCGUGCUUCAGCUGAAGGGGCUCACCCCCACAGGGACGCUGCCGCUGGGCGUUCUGUCUGGAGGGCGCCGCACUCUGCAGAGCGCCACCGUAGAGGCAGAGGAGGCACGAGCCAUUCAAGGCUUCAAUCCGCAGCAUAAGAUCCAGAGCUUCGAGGAGGCGCGGGGGCUGGACCUGAUCAACGAGAGGAUGCCCCCCCGCCGCGACAGCAAGCAGCACGAAGGCCCCCCCUCCCUCAACAACCUGCCCGCCGGCACCGGGCCCCCAGACAAGAACGGCACCAGCGCCCAGCAGGCCUAGCUCCUCUCUGGCUUCUCUUCCUCUCCUCUGUCCUUCCUCGCUUCCUUUUCCUCGGCCUCCAUCCUCCCGUCAGAGCUGGGGGGAGGGGGGGCGGAGUCAGUCCGGUCUGAGUGCUUAUUUAUUUUCUCAUGGAGUAAAUAUCAGAGUACGGAGACGGAACCGAGGAAAUCUCGACCAGGACUGGAUGCUUGCUGGCCCCAACGGCACACCUCUGGGCCGGCCGUCUGUCUUUGCUUUUUUUUUCUUUUUUUAUACCAUUGGGGAAGAAGUGAUGCUCAUUCAGAUGCUGUAUUUGUCUGCGACGCGCACACACACACACACACACACACACACACACACACACACACACAUUCAUCCAUUGUUUCUAUGCCAACAAUAGUGUGACUGAGCUCUGUAGAGCGAGUAUUGACAUUUAUACUGUAUAUGGAUGUUUUAACUUCCUGCUUUUCAAUGUGAUGGGUUUUUGUUGUUUACUUUUUUACAGCACACAAAAAGAUUAAGGGGGGGGGGGUUCCUGGAGCUCCCCCCUAAUUUAAGGAGGUGGAAUGAUAAAGACU